CCGACCCACCGACCACCCGCCCCCAGAUUCAUUCAUCCCCCUGCAGCCCAGCGCUGAGGAGCGGGCGCUGAAACUUUUCCCAUGGCCCUCGUCAUGGAACCUGUUAGCAAAUGGAGUCCCAGCCAGGUGGUGGACUGGAUGAAAGGGCUGGAUGACUGUCUGCAGCAAUACAUUAAAAACUUCGAGCGAGAGAAAGUGGGUGGAGACCAGCUGUUACGGAUCACCCAUCAGGAGCUGGAAGACCUGGGUGUGUCCCGCAUCGGCCAUCAGGAGCUCAUCCUGGAAGCUGUGGACCUCCUAUGUGCUCUGAACUAUGGGCUGGAGACGGAGAAUCUGAAGACCCUCUCGCACAAACUGAAUGCCUCCGCCAAGAACCUGCAGAACUUCAUUACAGGCCGUCGGCGGAGCGGACACUACGACGGCCGCACCACUCGCAAACUGCCCAACGACUUCCUCACCUCAGUAGUGGACCUCAUCGCUGCCGCCAAGAGCCUGCUGGCCUGGCUGGAUAGGUGCUACUUCUUUUUCAGGUCACCUUUCGCCGCCGUGACGGACUACUCAGUGACCAGGAACAACGUCAUACAGCUGUGUCUGGAGCUCACCACCAUAGUACAGCAGGACUGCACUGUCUAUGAAACAGAGAAUAAGAUCCUGCAUGUGUGUAAAACCUUAUCAGGAGUGUGUGACCACAUCAUCUCUCUGUCUUCGGACCCACUGGUAUCUCAGUCUGCCCAUCUGGAGGUGGUUCAACUGGCCAACAUUAAACCUACUGAGGGCCUGGGCAUGUACAUCAAGUCCACAUAUGACGGCCUUCACGUAAUAACUGGAACCACUGAGGGAUCUCCAGCUGACCGCUGUAAAAAGAUCCACGCUGGUGAUGAAGUUAUCCAGGUGAACCAUCAGACAGUGGUGGGCUGGCAGUUGAAAAACUUGGUAAACUCUCUGCGCGGGGACCCUGGAGGGGUGACGCUGACGCUGAAAAAGCGUCCCCAGAGCACGCUCACCUCCGCCCCGGCCCUGCUAAAGAACAUGAGGUGGAAGCCCCUGGCCCUGCAGCCUGUUGCUCCCAAGAGCCCCACCAGCAGCUCAGCCACGCCCACCAGCACCAUCAGCACACCCUCCAAAAGAGACAGCUCCGCCCUUCAGGACCUCUACAUCCCUCCUCCUCCGGCUGAACCCUACACACCCAGGGAUGAGCAGGGGAACCUACCUUGUGAUGAACGAGGUCAGGGAGGAAUUCCUGCAGCCAAAGGCUCAGAAUCACCCAACUCAUUUCUGGACCAGGAAUACCGGCGCCGCUACCCGCUAAUGGAGGAGGAGGCGGUGCUCUACUGCUAUGAGUACGACCCGAGCCGUGGAGCCCCACCCUCUCGCCGCGAGAGCACACCGACCUAUGGUCGCCUGAGGCCCAUCUCUAUGCCAGUAGAGUAUAACUGGGUUCCAGACUACGAAGACCCAGCCAGACUGAAGAGAGAGGGCAGGAGAGAAAACUCUAUGUUGCGAUAUGUGAGUGAAGACAAGGUUCCAGAGGAGUACCUGACCGGCCGCAGUGCUAAACGGGACACGGGUAAAAGAACAAAGAAGAAGAGCGAGAAGAGUGGAAGCCCCGCCCACUACUCCCUUCUCCCCGCCCUGCAGAUGGAAGUCCUCCGUCAGGAGUCCAUGUCCACACCAAGCUCAGACUCCACCUCACUCUACCAUACGUUCCAGGGAUCCUCCCUGUUAUCCAAGUCCAAGAAGAAGAGCAAAGGGGGACCCUUGUCGUCCAUCAGUAAGAGGAGAAUUUCGUGUAAAGAUCUGGGCCGGGGAGACUGCGAGGGCUGGCUGUGGAAGAAGAAAGAUGCCAAGAGCUACUUCUCACAGAAGUGGAAGAAGUACUGGUUCGUCCUGAAGGAUGCCUGUCUGUACUGGUACAUGAAUGAGGAGGAUGAAAAAGCUGAGGGCUUCGUCAGUCUCCCAGAGUUUAAGAUUGAUCGUGCCAGCGAGUGCCGCAAGAAGUAUGCUUUUAAAGCGUGCCAUCCCAAAAUCAAGAGCUUCUUCUUCGCAGCCGAUGGAGUAGACGACAUGAACAGGUGGCUGAGUCGGCUAAACAUGGCAGCUGCAGGCUAUGCAGAAAGAGAGAAGAUCCGUCAGGAGCAGGCUGACUACUGGAGUGAAAGUGACCAUGAAGACAACGAGACACCUUCUACACCCAAGCAGGACAGCCCCCCUCCACCUUACGACACGUACCCACGCCCCCCUUCGAUGACCUGUGCCAGUCCAUACCUGGAACCCAAGCAUGGCCGCCUGUCGUCCACAGAGACCUCUCAGUCGCGCUCGUCUCACGAGGAGUACCGCUCUGAACCUGCAGGAGGGGGUGGCAGCAGUAGCGGUGGCGGCUCUCCGGCCCGCAAGUCGGCCAGUCAGCGGCGUUCGUGGCAGGACCUGAUUGAGACGCCGCUGACCAGCUCGGGGCUGCACUACCUGCAGACGCUGCCGCUGGAGGACGCUGUGUUCUGCGAGCCGGGCGUGGGCCUGUCCCCCGAGUACAGACGCCAGUCCACGCUGCCCGCCCAGCGCACGCUCAUGCAGGAGCACUACGGCCCCUUCCCCAUGGCCGAGGGUGAGAGGCUGAGAGACCCUGUGACCGCGGGAGGGAAACCCCGCAGCUUCACACUGCCGCGGGACAGCGGUCUGCACGCCCUCCUCACGCCCUCCUCUAGUAUGGCCGAGCAGCGGGAGCCUCAUCGCAGAGAGCUGAGCCGAAGCCACUGCAUCGACAACGGUGGGGAGCAGGAUCGGGAGCGGCGGGGCCACGCAGACUCGCUUGGUGACCUGUACCGGGCGCUGGAGCGCACCAGCCUGUCUCUGUUGGGUGAGCGGCGUCUCUCCACCCGUCUCGAAUACAAGCACUCCUUUGUGCGUCGUUGCAACGACCCGCUGCUCAAUGACAAAGUGCAUCGCCUGCGCAUCCUGCAGAGCACGCUCAAGGACAAGGAAGGAGAGAUAGCAGCCAUUGAAAAGCUGCUGGCCAAGCCUGAGCUCACGUCUUCCGAGUUCCAGGAAUGGAAGAAGAUGUUCAAGGAGCUCUUCUCGGCCGAGAGCAAGCAGGAGCGGCAGUCCAGUCCCAUCUCCGAGCCCAGCCCGGGGUCCACUCCUGAACCCACCCCACGUGCCCCCUCACUCUCGCACACGCACUCUUAUAUCGAGACUCAUGUCUGACUUCACUGGGACGUCUUGGAACCUUUAACAUUAACGAUGUUUUGUUUAAUAGGCUACUAAAUGUACCGUUGAUGGCAGUUGCGCAAUGGUGUAUUCUUGCUGAGUUCACUUGCUGAUUCUGACACUGUAUUGAGACUGUUUGUUGAGAACUCAAAUGUUAGCCUUUGUCCAGCUGCACGACUUGUGGCCCACUGGUUACAAUGGCUACCAAUCCCUCAGGGGCUUAAACAAAACUGAAUAUCUGAUCUGAACUCCAGCCAAGAGACCACAACUGGACAGAUCCACCAUGGCUAUAAACCAAGAGCAGGACUCCCAACUCCAGACUCCGAACUUCUGGAUAGAUUCUUGGAUGGAAUACAGGAACAGGAAGCCUUUGUAAGCAAAUGUUUGACAAUGGGAACAAAGGAAAAGGGGGAUUUCAUUUAAAAAGGACAAAAAUUAUCCACUUAAAAGAGCUACAUGUAAGAUUAAUCAAACAAAAAAGUGGUGUGCUGUCACCAUAGCCUGCCACUGCUGAUCAUUAUUCAAGCCAACCUUGAUUUCUUCUUCUUUUGUUCGGUGUAACAUUGCCAACACAAAGCACUGGCCAUAAUUGCGGCUAGCUGUGGCUUAAUGCUAAACGUUGCUUAAUCUCCUUAACUGAAUGAAGCCCCAAGCCUAAAGAUCUUACCUGUGGCUCUUGUUAAGUCGAAGGAUGUUCAUUUCCUCUCGCUCCACCAGCUCCUUCUUCUUUACUCUGAAGGGGAAAAAAGUCUCCUUGCGGGUAUAGGCACACGCACAUACACACUUUCCCUUUUGAUCAUUAAUAUUACCCCUUUUACAGUAUGUGUGCGCUUGUCUAUAUAUACUGUAAAAUGGAUGAUAUCCUACGUACACAUAUAUUGAAUAUCUGCUCUCGCGCCUGUGGGCUGGCCCCCGGCUAACAGCAGCUACACAUUACUGUGUGAGCGUGCGAGACUCGAAUGUGUUUAUCUCAUCUCAUCCGGCUGUGUCCGGAGGCGCUGAAAAUCUCAGCACACCUACCUGUAGGCUUUGCCGGCCGAAGCCUGUAAUUAUGGGGUGUGUAGGCUUUGACAGGCACCCGCGCUGAAGAGAGCCGCUGCCUGUGUGAUUCUGAGCGAUUCUAGAGCCCCCUUUUUUCCUUAAAGCUCGAGUUCCACUGAAGCAUGACCCUUUGCAAAUGAAUUGCAGGUUGGAAGCACAAGAGUCACACCCACGAGCACUACUGCACUACUGACGUGAAACACGAAUGCUAAAACCAUUCCAGGUUUCAGUAGAAAGGAGUUAAAAAAGGGGUUUGGUAACAUUUAAAGGGUACAAACUUAUUAGGGGCUUCAUAACACAUUCAUAAGCAUUGAAUAAUGUGUGUAUUAAUUAUAAAUAGCUUAUGGCAGUACUGAGGCCUGUCACAAAACCUGUUUUUGGUUAGACAAUAUAUUGUAAAAGAAGUCGAUUAUUCUGCUACUAAUAUCAUGAUACUGUACUAUACUAGCAUUAUAAUGUAAUUAUACUCUUUUAUGUAUCAAUUACCUUUUAAUAAAACAAAAACAUAAAAAUUCAGACAUUGCAAUUGAAAUAUAGGUUUAAGAUAUCCUAAACAAAUAAAUAUGAAUGAAAUUUAAUAUACUAUACUAUACUAUAAUAUACUAUAUAAUAUACUUUUUGCUAUACUGAGGUCAGCAAAAACUCUGGUGGUUAUCUCCAUUUAUUAAACGAUAAAUCAAUAACAUAAUUAUCAUGACAGGCUUACCAGGGCAAUACAAUACAUAUAUUUUCUCCCCCAUUGACACCAGGACACUGCUUGCCUGUUGAGAUGUAAGUAUUUCAGCUUUAUAAAGAAAUGUGAUGUCCAUGAACUGAAGUAAUGAACCUUUGCUUUAUUUAUAACACUGUUAUAAAGCAUUAUUUCCAUUAGGGGUGGAAUAAAAUAUUGAUAUUUCAGUAUAUUUUAUAUUUUUCAUUUGUGAUAACUUAUGAAUACACAGGAUUAAAUAUUGAUUUUUUUUGGAACCUAGGAGCUCUAAACUUCCUAAAAUUCGCCUCCCAAUUUGAUUUACUAAAGUCUCUGCUUCAUUACUUCACGUGGUGUCAUUAAUCAAAUGAAUAAGGUAAACCUGCGAUGGAUAAUAUUGGUUGGUAAAUUUUGUGAAACUGAAACCAAUAAAUCCAUAAUUUCUGGUAUUUGCUUAUUUAGGAGUGUUGUAUCAUCUUCAGUAACAUGAGUGCUGUGAAGUAUGCCCUGUCCUUCCCACCCCUAAUAUGUAGAUAACGUAAAGUUCAGAUGCCUGUUUAUAAAUGAUACAUAGAUUCAUAGUACUAUGAAUGAUUUUGAGGCCCCCAAACUAAAGUGGUAGCACCUUUUUAAUGAAUAACACCUUCACUAAGCAGCACUGACAUAAGCUAUUUCUACAUAUUAAAGCAUUACUUCAAUAAAUACGUUAUUCAAUUCUUAUGAAUGUGUUAUGAAAUCCCUAUGUAGUUUUUUACAAGGCGAUUCGAGGCUUUUUUGGGCUUUUUGUUUGCAGACGUCUGGCUCUCCAGACAGCUUUCAUUUCCUUCUCUUUAUGAGUGCAAUAGUCACAGUGCCGCAUGUCGUUCAGGCUGAGACCAGCAAGUGUUUGCAACUGGCAAAGCCGUCCAUGCACACACACUUACAUUCAUACACACACACUCACACACACACACAUAACUCCAGUCUCAGGCACGGCGCAUGCUCGGACCGGCAAGGCUGUUUCCUUGGAUACUGAACUAACUCUCCUCGACAGCUGUCCACAGCAGUAAUAGUCCUCUUGAUAUUAAUUGUACAUCAGCACUUACUGAUAUCGAGCAGCAUCUGUACAUGUAUGUAUUUAUUAAUAUACACACAUUGCACUCAGGAUAUUAUGACCAUCUUUUUGAUUCUACACUGGUUGUCCAGCUUAUUAGCUCUACUGAGAAUAUAGGACACUUUGCAGUCCUAUAACUACAGACUGUUGUUCUUCUUGAUAUUUGCAUACCGUAUUUUUCUUAUACUACUACUAUAUACUAUAUAGUGCACAGGAUUAUAAGGCGCAUUAUCAAUAAAAGUAUAUUUUCUGGUCUAUUUUCAUACAUAAAUUCCCUAAGACUCUCUCCCCAAUUUGACUUGACUGCUUCAUUAUUCCACAUGGUGGCAUUAAUCAAAUGAAUAGGGGAAACAUGCGAUGAAGAAUAUUGGUUGUUCAAUUCUGUGAAACUGACACCAAAAAAUCUGUUAUUCCUGGUAUUUGCAUAUUUAGGAUUAUAAGGCGCAGCAUGCUACGCUAGUAAGGAACAAUGGUGUCGCCAUUUUUUUUUCUAAUUGAGCAGGUCUCACCGCUGAGUGGUGGUGCUGGGGAGGGUAACUAAGUUAGGUAAAGCUAAGCUAAAUAAACAAAACUGUCAUUCAUAUUUGCGUGAAAAAAACGCUUCUCUUUAUUUACAGUAAGCGUAGCAGUAUUAGCAUUAGCAACUAACCGCUAAGGAGGAACCCGGAGUUCCAAUAAGUCAGAGCGAUAUUAUCUAGCAGUUUGUCCCAUGUAGCUUGUUUUAACACAGUCAACAUGCAAGCUACAGUCAGUUUUACUUGCCUCUGAACGGUGAAAGAGCACUGAAAGGUUAGCGGUUAAUGCUAAUACUGCUGAUAAUAAUACGGAUUGUAUUGCACACUGACAAUUUUUAUUGUGAAAAAUACGGUACUGUAUUAUCCUCCUUUUACUGUGUCUUUCAAUAGUCAGGACCCCAUAGGAUCCACGCCCACAGCACUGCAGUGACACUGGCAUGGUUGUGGUGUGUUAGUAGAGUGUGUUGUGCUGGUACAAAUGGAUUAGACACAGCAGUGCUGCUGGAGUUUUUAAACCCUAUUUGUUGCUGCACAUUUUGUGUUGGUCAUCUACUUGUCCUUCAUCGGUGGUCACAGGAUGCUCCCCACAGAACGCUGUUGGCUGUAUAUUACUGGUGUUCUGGUGAGGUGUUUAAAAACUCCAGAAGCACUGCUGUGUCUGAUCCAGUCAUACCAGAACUACACAUGCUAACACACCACCACCAUGCCAGUAUCACUGCAGUGCUAAGAAUGGUCCACCACCCAAAUAAUACCUGCUCUAUGUUGGUCCCGUGGGGUCCUGAAAACAGGAUGAUAAAUUGUAGAACUACAAAGUGCUCAUAUGCUCAGUGGAGCUGAAAAAUGACAGAGGUGGUCAUAAUAUUCUGCCUGGAUUGUGUAUAUUCUCACAUAUCUGCAGUUGCAGUGCACAAACUCUUCAGUAUUCUGUACUGCAUGGCUCAGAUACAGUAUAAGUUUACAUACAGUGUUUCUUUUCUCUUUCUUUUUCAUUUUCUUUCCUUUCUUUUUCCAAACAUGAAUGAAAGUCAGUGUUUCUCACAUGGAACUCUCAGUGUGGCUGUGGCACAACAACCAAAAGCAAUCAAGCUCUCAAACCAGGAUCCCAAGAGGACUUAUUUUGUGUGAUUUUUAGAAUCUUCUGAAUGUCCUGAAUAGAGUAUAAUGUAAGAUAAGAUUCAUAUGUGUAUUAUAUUGUACAUCAGUUCUAUGAGAGGUUCUACGAGGAACACUCUCACGAAAAACAUACUGUAGUAGAACAGAAGUUCCUUCUAUAUUGAACGGUUGUAUCCUUUACUUGAUCAUGUGACUAUAUAGACACUAUAACUAUGUAGAUCAUGCUAGACUCAGUUAGCUUUCAGGAGCUACAGAAUGUUUACCAAUGGAUAUGGAGUUACUAGAUUGGUUCUCUCGCUGUAGAAAUAAAUGCCUGUUUUUACAGUAGUUGUUCUUCUCAGAGCUGCACCUACAAAGCCACCCACUUAGAGUAUGUCCUUCUGUGAGCUGUAUUUUUUUGUUGCUGCAGUGUGAUGAAACAACGUGUAAAUAUCUAGCAAAUAAGUCCUGAAGAUGCCUUUUACAGUUUUCAGCUGUAUUCCUGUAACCAAUCUAGUAAAUCCAUGGUACUGUCCUUCUGUCCUUAUUUGUUAUAACUAGGCAUGUGGUUUGGGCAGUGCCGUACACAGUAUGUGUUGUGUUUAGCUAGUUACUACCUGGCUUUUUAUUUAUUUCAUUAUUUAUUUAGCAGGUCGUUGCUUUCUCCAGUUUGAAGACAAAAUGUGUUUCAAGUCAAUAAAACUUUGCUCAUGAAACGGUG